CAGAGGGACUCGUUCUGCCUGCAUCACCGGCGGCGCCGUCCUACUACGCCGCAAUGUCGGGUGUUUUCACCAAGAAAGGUUUCGACGACGCGUGCGAAGCGUCGGAGGGCUCGCUUCCUUGGAAAUUGCAGCAGAUAGCGGAAGAAGAGCUGGGAGAGACGCCCACGAAGAGAUGGGAAGCGCUUGACAAACUCGGAAAGUUGCUGGACGCCGAACCGGAUCUGAACGCCAACCGAGACGCCGAAUUCCUGCUCCGGUUUCUGCGGGUCCGGAAGUACAACGUGGAGUCGGCCCUGCAGACCAUCAGGAACUACUACAGGAACCGCGCCGCUACCGAAUCUCUCUACCGCGAGUUACUGCCCUGCAAAAUGCCACCGGCGGCUCGCAAGAUUGUCAUGAUACUGCCACACAGGGACGUCCACGGGCGGCCAGUGCUGCUAGUGAAACCAGGUUCAUGGAUGCCCGACGAAGUGUCCUACUCGGACGUCCACAGGGCCGGCCUUCUCUGCUUGGAACAUCUCGCUCGUGACCCAGCUUCUCAGGUCCUAGGAAUAGUGCUACUCCUAGACUAUGGCGGGUACACGGUGGACAAGCUCUUGUACACCAGCAUCAGCCUCCUCAGAAGGGGUCUGGAAUAUUUACAGGAUUGCAUGCCUAUGCGGUUGAAGGUAGCCCACCAUGUUAGACAGUCAUAUGCUUUCGACGUGUUCUUCGCUCUCGCCAGGCCAUUCAUCAAAGCCAAGCUAGCCGAAAGGUUACGCCUACAUGGACAAAAUUUCGAAAGUCUACACGAGGAAAUCUCGCCCAAGCAACUGCCCGAAGAAUACGGGGGUCAGGGACCACCGAUAGAUCCCGAGGAAUGUUGGAAGGCCGUUGUGGCCGAAGAGGAUUACUUCGCCGCUUGCAGCCGCUUUGGAUAUGCCGCGAACGACCAGGACGACGACGUCCCCGCGGAACCCGAGCCACCACUGGAACUCACUUCUUUGUGAAGAAUACAAAACAACUGAAAAAUGGGGCACACCACUCUGAGUUGUCAACCACCUCGCUGACUCAGUGGAAACCGAACCAAUUCAUGCGCAGCGGCCGAAUGUGAUAGUCACCGAGUCAGCGAGGCGGUUGACAACUCAGAGUAUAUAUAUAAGCGUGCGUGCGUGCGUGUGCGUGUGUGUGUGCGUGUGCCUGUGUGUUAUUGCGAUCGGCCUGAAUCAAAAUCCUGGCUUAGACUUUCAGCGUUCGGGAAUGGAACGUGAGAGAGAUCUGGCACUGAGAUAUAGGUGCACUCCAAAGGGACUUUCUGUGAACAGCGCGUUAACGCUUUACAGCUUUUACUCAAGUUUUUUUCUGUCAUGCUAGUAUGUUUGUUUGAGCUAACCCGACUUUGAUAUGUACUGAUAAGUUAAGCGAGAAGGAGCGGUUGGCAUCACCCAUAACUUCAACUACAAGGACAUUUAUUGAUCAUAAUUUCAAAAAAUCCAGAAGGUCGAUAUGAACCGAAAUCUACAGUUUAGCUGCACCCAGUGCCGAGGUUCGUAACACAGAGAAUCCAAAGCUGCGAGGUUUCAGCUUUCAUUUCCUAGAACUUAGUCGUCAUUGUAUUUCUUACCCAGACGUCCCAUUAAAAUUGUUCUGUGGUUUUUCGUUAUCUAUGAAGAGCCGCGACGGUUAUCUCUGCCCGUCUUCAAGUGUGCUGCGCAUUAGAGCCUUGUAUUUAUUGUUUAUUUAGCACAUUUGUUACACUGUUCCUCUGUCCCAUCUGCAACCUCUGUCACGCAUAUACAUGUAUAUAGGCUCUUACACCGUUGAGUGCACCGCAAUGGUUACCUCAUAAGGCAUCACUGCUCCUUGAGCUUAAAUAUUGUUGAUGUCGCGCUGGGCAUGGACGUCACGUCAUACUUAGAUUUCUACAGUUUAACAUACUGGCGGCCCUAUAUAGUCUAUAUACGGUCUCUGUAGAACUAAAAUGUGUGAUCGGGAUGCCGAAAGCCCGUGAUAUGCUGGAUUAUUUUCUCCUCAAAAUGCAGCUAUGUGUAUGUUGAGCUAGAACUUCCGCCGGACUUCUGGACUUUUGUACAAGUAGCGUGUACUUGUUUGUGAUUACUUGAGUUUUGAACGAGUGUGCUGCAAUGUUAUCUCAGUAGCAUGGUAUUCACAGUUUUGUUUUUCCUAAAUAAAAGAAAAAAAUGUUGUCCACCUUUGAGAAUGAAUGAAUG